CUCGAUAUGCCGUCGUGGUUCAGCCGUAAUACUGUGCUAUUCGUUGCUUUGCCAGUAGGCCUGGUCGCAAUCAUGCUGAGGUGCUACCCCAAACGACAUGAUGCUCCCGACGUGCCUGCGUACGUUUGGUCAUCCGAUAUUACAGGUUGGCGCAACCGGUCGCAACCGCACCCGCACCCCCUCUCCUUCUUCCCCUCACGCGAGAACCUCCAAUUCGCCGUGUCGUCAUGCGCCAUGAUCGAAUGUCCCAUGCAUGUCUUCGCCAUGUUCAGCUCUUCAAGCAGCAGCGUAGGGAUAGAGGCGAGCGGGAAAGCUUUGAUCCUUGACGAGGGUGACGCCGGGGCUUUGAUGCGCCUCACGAACGCCAUCCUUGGUCUGUCGGAUGGGCCAUGGAACAUAGACACGGAUGUGUCUUGCCAAAGUUCAUCUAUAAUCACCGCCGCCAACGCUGACGGUCCAGGACUAACGACCGUGUCGGUACACGCGUACAGCAAAAACAACAGAAAGCUAGAGAAACCUGUUGACGGCGUUACGGAGCUUCCCGACGCGCUCUACGAGCUUCUGGGGUUGAUGAACGAGGCAUACCAGGGUUGGGAGCCACAUGGAUGGGUACCUUUGGACGAGAAACCGGAGAUGCUACAGAGACUGGUCCCAGUCAUUCCAUACCUCGGCGGGAUCGCCCCCUAACACCCUCCACGCUGACCGUCGUGCGCCCAAUCGGCCUCUGGAAUGGUGGUUAUCGGACAACGACUGUUACGCACCAUGUAUGGAGCAUCUCGGUCUUACUCGGCUCAUGGUUAGGUUAGGACGUCCUUCCUCUCAAUAUACAGACGGUUUG